AUGAUGAUGAUGAAUUUCAGGGGAUUGAGAGGUUUGGAGAAGGAGUAUAUGAUGAAGCAUCACGAGCACGAGACCAAGGACAAUCAAUGCAGUUCGUUCCUCAUCAAGCACGUUAAAGCUCCUGUUCAUCUCGAUCUCGACACAGAUUUUGUGGGUUUCAAAUCUUUUUUAUCCAAAUGCUGUGUUUGCUUUUUCCUGCUAGGUUUGGUCUCUGGGAAGUCGGGUCUUCCUGCUACUACCAGCACUGAGAGAUUGGAGCUUCUCGAUGAUGACGAGCACGUGUUAAGUGUCAGGAUUGUUGGUGGGGACCACAGGCUCAGAAACUACUCUUCGACUGUAUCUCUUCAUCAUGAGGUGAUUGAAGGGAGACCCGGGACAAUGAUUCCCAAGCUGCAUUUUAUGCUGACAUUAAAACCAGUACAUGCAAUGCGUCGUGUUUACGAGCUGAUGAUAACAAGUGAUUGGACAAUUGGGCUUGACCAAUUAGCUGGGUCAUUCGGUGGCGAACUCUGGCCCGCCCGUUCCAAGUGGGGAGUUGGGCCGCGUGGUUCAGGCGAAGGCUUGGAUCUCUCGGCCCUUAGAGCGGAGGGCAAUGCGUCAGGCUGGCCUCACAGAGCAGCGAAAAUCUCCCGCUUUCUACAGUGGAAGGAUAACGGGCCGGUGCUUCCUUGA